UUCUGCGUGUGUUGGGGGGGAAGUUGUUAACAGUACGUCAGUCGGGUGAUGAGCUUGUGAUAUAUCCUAUGUUUUUUUUUUUUGUUUUUUUUUUUUUUUUUUUUUUCUUAAACAUUUUGAAUCAGUUUUGCGCUGAAACUGUUGAAUGCGAGCAGAAUACGGACGACGUACAGAAAGCUGAGUGAUGACAGGUUUGCCAUGUUUCUAAAUUCACUGCUUAAAUUGCUUCAGAGACAGACCUAUACCUGUCUGUCUCACCGGUAUGGACUGUAUCUGUGCUUUGGAGGUAUUGUCCUCAUGAUCGUGUCUGCAUUCCAGUUCGGAGAGGUUGUUGUGGAAUGGAGUCGGGAUCAGUAUCAUGUGUUGUUUGAUUCAUAUCGAGACAAUGUGGCAGGCAAAUCAUUCCAAAACAGACUGUGUCUGCCUAUGCCAAUUGAUGUGGUUUACACCUGGGUAAAUGGUACCGAUGUAGAUUUAAUCGGAGAACUUCGCGCAGUGAGGGAGCAGAUGGAGGAGCAGCAAAGGGCGAUAAGAGCAAGCCUUGGGAGCAAUUCUACUGAGAAGCCAAAGACAAGCGAGAAGCCGGAAUGCUUUUUGUCACACUGUAUCAAGGUCCCAAUGCUCGUCCUAGACCCGGCACUUCCUGCAAACAUCACGAUAAAGGAGCUGCCGUCAUAUUGUCAAUCCUUCCAGUCUGCCAAGCAGAUCCUCCAUGUUGCCAAGCCCAAGAAUCCCUCUACAAAUGUCACUGUGCUAAUUUUUAACACUCAGAGUGAAGCUGAUGAUGCCCAUUCAGCAAUACCAAAUGAAAACAGCAAGCACUCUGUUUCAAGAGGAUACCUGACAACCGAUAAAGAAGCGCCUGGUUUGGUGCUCAUGCAGAAUCUGGCGUUCCUAAGUGGAUUCCCAGCAUCAUUUAAGGAGACCGAACAGCUCAGAGUAAAGCUUCCACAGACCGUCACUAGUAAGAUAAAACAGUUGCAGCUGUAUUCCGAAGCCAGUAUAGCCCUUCUGAUGCUAAACAGUCCCAAGGACUUCUCAGAACUGACCCAACAAGCAAAGAAGAAUCUGACAAUAGAAGGGAAAGAGCUCAUCAUCAGUCUUACUUAUUUGUUCUGGGACUUAAGUGCUAUCAGCCAGUCCAAGCAGGAUGAGGAUAUUUCUGCCAGUCGAUUCGAAGACAAUGAGGAGCUGCGAUACUCCCUGAGAUCUGUAGAGAGACACGCCCCCUGGGUCCGACACAUCUUCAUUGUGACCAAUGGGCAGAUCCCUUCCUGGCUGAACCUGGACAACCCCAGGGUUACCGUGGUGGCCCACAAGGAUAUUUUCCAGAAUGAAAGUCAUUUACCUACCUUCAGCUCCCCAGCAAUUGAAAGUCACAUACAUCGAAUCCCUGGGCUUUCCCAGAAGUUUAUUUACCUAAAUGAUGAUGUCAUGUUUGGUAAAGAGGUAUGGCCAGAUGACUUCUACAGUCAUUCCAAGGGACAGAAGGUGUACCUCACAUGGCCCGUCCCAAACUGUGCUGAGGGAUGCCCUGGGUCCUGGAUCAAAGAUGGCUAUUGUGACAAGGCCUGCAAUCAUUCUGCCUGUGACUGGGAUGGGGGAGAUUGUUCAGGGGCUGCAGGAGGUUCCCGUGGUGGAGGAGGGGGGGCUGUAGGAGGAAACCUCCCGGCCUGGCACUUUGGUGCUGGGGUUGGAGGGGUUGGAGGACUCACCUAUUGUAACCAGGGCUGUGCUAAUUCUUGGCUGGCGGAUAAGUUUUGUGACCAGGCCUGCAAUGUACUGUCCUGUGGUUUUGAUGUAGGAGACUGUGGCCAAGAUCACUUCAAUAAGUUGCUCAAGAUAACCUUAGUGCGGAACCAGACCCACUACAUUGUUCCUCAAGGGGAAACCAAGCCCUACUUCAGCUUUGGUGGCAUUGCCAAGAGAAUCUCGGCGGCCUACGCGAGUGACAACCCCACUGUGCGCCACACCUCAGUUGCCAAUAAGUGGAAAACUGUUCAUCUUCUCCUGCACAGCGGCAUGAAUGCUACAGUAAUCCAGUAUAACUUUACCUUCCAGGAUGAACAGGACCAAGAGUUUAAAAUGGUACUCACCGUGGAUGUGGAUACAAGAGAGAUUAUCAAACCCAAUGUAACUGAGAGUCCAAAAGAAGACGGCAAAGAUGCCAAUGUGACAACUUCCCUUCUUGAGGCAGUUGGCCACUUUGAAGACGUUCCUGUAGAAAGACGAUUCCCCAAAUUUCACAUAAGACUCUCCGGGGUGCCGGAGAUAGCCAGUAACGUGCCCAUGGUGAAUGUUUCUCUGUUGCCAGCCAGUGUUCAAGCUGAACUGCAACAACUUGAUAAAAAGCUGGCCAUAGGGGACAUCACACUUAAAGGGUACAACCACACAAAAGCUGCACUGCUGGAACCAUUUAAAUCGUUAACUGAGGUACAAGGCGAUGGAAAGAGUCCCGAGUCUCUUAACAUGGCCAAUAAAGUUCAGAUGGAGCAGCAAGGGGCAGGGGGGUCACACAAACCUUACAAGGAUCUCAUAGGAGAGGAUUCCAAAAAAGGGGAAUUCCUACUAAAUCCAGCUGCCCCCAGUCCAGAACACACUGAGAUCCAAAAGACAACUCCUGCCAAGGUCAUUCCUGCCAUGCAAAUAAAAAUUGAUGGCAAGAUGCAGAAAACCCCUGCUACUAAAACCCAUGGAAGAGACUUUGUGCCCAAAGAGCAGAACAUUCUAAAUGCACUAAUAAAUAAUUCGAAGUUAAAGGAAGCUGAAGGAGUAAACUUGAAGAACGAAGUGAAGGUUGUUGAAAAGGUGAAGGAUAGCCAAGUGGCACUGGGCCGAAGACUCCAGCAGUACGCUGUUUCUGUUCAGGGCUUCUUGCCUUGGGAGAAGAGGAAAUAUUUUCAAGAUCUUUUAGAUGAAGAAGAGAGAUUGAAGAAGGAGAUGACGUACCACACAAACAGUAAGCUAGCUGGGAGGAGGCUUAGAGACACGUUUGCCGAUUCGCUGCGCUAUGUUAAUAAACUCCUGAACGGCCAGUUUGGGUUUACUUCACGCAAGGUCCCUGCGCACAUGCCUCAUUUGAUCGACCGCAUUGUCAUGCAACAACUUCAGGACCUGUUUCCUAAAGAAUUUGACAAGACUUCGGCUCACAAAGUACGUCACUCAGAAGACAUGCAGUUUGCCUUUUCCUAUUUCUACUACCUGAUGAGUGCGGUGCAGCAGCUUAACAUCUCGCAGGUGUUUGAUGAAGUCGACACUGAUGGGUCUGGAGUCCUGUCAGACAGAGAGAUCCGUACACUGGCAACAAGGAUCCAUGAACUCCCUCUCAGCCUGCAGGAUUUGACUGGAUUGGAGCAGAUGCUGAUAAACUGUUCAAAAACACUCCCCACCAACAUCACUCACAUCAACACUGUCAAUCCUACGCAGGAGGCAUACUAUGAUCCAAGCAUGCCUCCAGUGACGAAAGAUUUGGUGGUAAACUGCAAGCCAAUUGCUGUUCGCAUACAGAAGGCUUACAAGGAUCAGAACAAAUACAAGUUUGAGAUCAUGGGAGAAGAGGAAAUCGCCUUUAAGAUGGUUAGAACAAAUGUGUCUCAUGUUGUCGGGCAGUUGGAUGAUAUACGUAAAAACCCCAGGAAAUUCAUUUGUCUAAAUGACAACAUUGACCACAGUCACAAGGAUGCCCCGACAGUGAAGGCUGUGCUGCGUGAUUUCUACGAGUCAAUGUUCCCUAUCCCAUCCCAGUUUGAGCUGCCAAGAGAGUAUCGCAAUCGCUUCCUCCACAUGCGGGAGCUUCAGGAAUGGAGAGUGUAUCGAGAUAAAUUGAAGUUCUGGACUCACUGUGUCCUUGUGACCCUAGUUGCCUUCACAAUUUUCUCCUUUUUUGCUGAACAGCUGUUUCUACUAAAGCGCAAACUAUUCCCAAGACGAAGACACAGUAAGGAAAUCAGCCCUGAACGGGUUUAGAAGGAGUUUGUUUCAUCUACCUCUAUUUCCAGAAGUCCAUCCUGAGGAAAUGGCUUACCAGACCAGACAGCAGAUUUGGAAAUGUGCAACUAUUGCAAAAAAAAAAAAAAAAAAAAAAAAUAACUAGCAUGGUUAUCUGAAUGGUGUUCCUUUGAUUGGCAGUGAUCAACUGUUUGGAGUACGCAGCUUUGGAUUGCUGACAUUUUAUCCUGCAAUAAAAGUGGGUGAUUGGACAAAGGGCAGCUGCCUUGAAUGUAGAGCGCUGCCAACAGGGUGUAAUACUGGAAACCUGAGCUACCCAGGGACAUCGAGCAGGACUUGUCGCUGUCCAGGCUAUUCCCAGUCAUUUUUCUAAAGCUUGCAGUCGCAGAGCCAACAGUUCUUUAGAGUUGCUGCUUUGAAAUCAGGUUCUGGGACAAAUGCAGUGUUAAGAAAAUUAUGUUGUAAAUUGGACUGGGAGCGAAGGUUUACAGAAUAGAUUAAAAGAAAGUCAUGUUCAUAAUUAGAAGUUGCUAUCAACUGUGUAGUGCACGCCAUAGUUUGAGUCUCUAGGGUGAGGGGUAAGAGGAAGGGUAAGGGGAUUGGUAUUGCCUUUGCGUAACUAACUUCUUGUUACACAAGUGCCUAUUCUUUGAUGUUUGAAUCCAGUGAAAAUAGCUCCAUAAAACCACAUGGGCAUUGAUUCAUUUUCUAAUUUUAUUUUACAUGUUCUUGUUGUAAAAUAUUGGUGGCACUCAUACAGUAAAUGUUGUAUUAACUGGUAUUUUAAAAGCUAAGGACCAAUGCUGUUGGGAGUUUUGUAGGUGAAGAAAUCUUUUUUUUUUUCUUUUUUUAUGGAAAGCAUACAUUUGUUAUUUAAAAAAAAAAAAAAGUGUUAACUAAUUUGUAAAAUAUUACUUGGACUGAAUCUGUUUUUAAGACUCUUCUGGAUAAAAUCUUUCUUGAAAGACACUGCACAUCUUAAAUACCCUUUUGUUUUAAUUUUAGGUUCUUGUAGAAUCACUGUUUUGCUUUGCUUUGCAUUAAUUCUUUCCUUAAGAAAUGCUGUCCAUGUAAGCUCACUCUGCCAGUUAUUCAUAAAGCCAGUUAUGUGUAUGUUCAGUAACACACAAAACAGUAAGCCUGACAGUCAGAAAUGCUAAUGUUAAAGGUUCUUUCAUUCUUCUUUUUUUCCAUGGGGCCAGACUGAGCCCUUACACAUUAGACUUCAUUUGUAGUCUAUGUGAUGAAUAAUUUGAAUUUAGGAUGUUCAAAUGAUUUGUUGGUUUGGUCGAAAUCUGAUUCUGUUUUAAGGGUAGAUAGCAGCUUUUAAAUUGCUGGACUCAAGUAUGAUUUAAAAAUUAUUGCAGUAGAAUAUUUUUUUAAAUACAGGAAGCAAAAGCCCUUUGGUGAAAACCCUGGUGUUUGAACAGAGACUUUCAAAUGAGUGUACUUUUGCUUGUGAUGCACCUCAGUGCCUACUCUGGAUCCAGAACAUGUUGAACUUGUGAACUUUUGAACUGAAAGAAGUAGCUGUCUCUUAAGUCUCACUCCUGCUUUUCUGUUGAUUUGUAUUGUUAAACUGCAUUCUCAGUGUACAAUCUACUGAGCACCUAUCCCUUAUUAAAAAGCAGCUUUUUUUUUUUUUAAUGUGUCACAUGAAUUAUAACAGAUGGUUAUUUUUUGGUUGGUUACAAAAAGUUAGUAUUAUUAACGCCAAUGUUAAUGUUUAAUAUACGUUAUACUCAGCUGUCCCCUUCUGUGACUGUGGGUCUCAGCAUGUGUAUCUGAAUCAAUACUCAAUAAGAUGGGAUGGGGGUAUAUAUAACAUUUGAAUAUAUAUGUAAAAUAACGUGUGUGUGUGUGUGUGUGUGUGUGUGUAAUAUAGUUAAUUUUAUGUGUUCCUGUUCUCAUGUCUUUAUAAAAAAUGCCUUCAUUGCAUUUGCACAUGCAAAAAUGCUUGCUGCGUUAUAUCCACAAAGUAAUUGUUUAGUCCAGUUCUAAUUUUCAACAGAUGUGAUAGAAGUAUUGCAUAACCCUUUAACCUGAAAAGUAUUUGAUGAAUUGAAGACAUCAUUGCCAACAAGUGACUUGCUCUGAAAAAAUCUGGACAUCAAAGGGCAGACUUGGCUUUCACAACUAUGUGUCGCCACCAGCAACAGCCGUCCGGCCUGGCUCACUUUUCAGCUUACCCUUUCUGUGGCUGUUGGUCCCAGCAGGUAUUUUUGAAUCCAUACUCAAGUAAAAUGUAGAUGAUCUUCUUUCCGAUGUGUGAAAAAGGAUCUCCACAAAGUCUUUCAAGCUUUGUACCUGUGGAGUCAUAGAUUAUUUAAAGCAAAACAAAUGACAACUGGGUGGCAGGCUUGCAUCCUGAAGACUGUUGUGUACAGCUUUUAGAUUGGAAUGAGUGCAACAACAAAACAGGACUAGCUAGAUUGUUUUCUUGCAUGCUUCCAUCCAGUAAAUAAGAUCACUCUCGACAAGAAUAAUGUGCAUUUAUGUGUUGCCUCGGAAAUGGUUGUAGGCUUUAGUUUUGCAUUUUGCUGUAAAUAAAUAAAUCGUUUUAAAAGCGCAA